AUGAAGGCUUUCGGUACAAUCGCAGUCGGAGCGUUCUUGCUUCAAAGCCCACAGGUACGAGCGAGCCCAAUUGAAGCUCGUGGGUGGGGAUCAGUCCCAGAUGCUGCCGAAUCUCUUCUGAAGUAUAUUGGAAUUUCUAAAGAACUUCUCCCCGAUGCCACGAAGCUCUGGGACUUCAAGGACAACCCCCAAAUGUGUCAGGUCCGCAUGGAAACAAAUAACGGUGCAAACUGCAAAGCAACGGUUGAAUGCAACGAUGGCGUGAGAGAAUACAACCCUGCUGGCGCUGGUUGGAACGUCUGCUUUGUUGGUGGACGACAGUACUUCAAUGACCCCCGCAUCGGCGACUUCAGUAUCACUUUCGCAGAGAAGAACGGCAAGGGUCAGGGCCAAGGCCUGACGACGCCCAUACUCCAGGUCAAGUAUAUCGACGACUGGAAAGUACUCCCAGUACAAGGCCUCGCCGAGGAGUUCCUCAAGUACGAAGACUGCGACCGACAGGGUCUGUUCACCUGCAAUAAAGGGCCAUACAUCUGUCGUCAUGGAGACAUGGGCAAUUCAUACAUUCAAGACUCCAAACUUAAGAGGUGGACCUGUGGUAUCCCUAAGAUCGGAAAGGGUGAAGGCCCAUUAAACUCCAACGCACCAACAAACAACAAAGGGUUCGCCCCAGGAUGGUGUGGCAUACACGUUGUCCAGUACCAGAAGCCAAACCCUGCCAAGGAUAGCUACUCACUCGAAGUGACAAGAGUCAACGACAUACCUCCUUUUGUAAGGAGACUGUUCUUCCCAGGGUGGGCCUACUGCAAGUGUCACCAGCAGGCUGUCAAGACUGGCGCAGUCGAUGCUGACCCUGUGAGGUUUGCAUAUGGAGGACAAUCUUGGGAUUCAAACGAUAAGGCACGUUGUUCUGUUGGCAAGUACGACAAUGGCAAGAGGCAGCUGGACUGCGGCUUCACUUGCGAGUAG